AUGAAUAAACUAUUCAAUUUUUUGGUUUACUUUUCUUUACUACUCCAAUUUACCCUUGGUCAUGGAGGACCAAGUAAAACUGAAGUUUAUGGUUAUGAAUGGAAAUAUACUAUUUAUGCAUGUAAUGAUGCUAUUGAAGAUUAUAAAUUUGGUGCAAAUAUAACAGGUUAUUAUCCAUUAAUGUGUGGAUAUGCUCCGUUAACAGGUACUGUCUUGAACUGUGUUGCUAAUGAAGUUGGUCCAGAGAGUGCAACUUUUAAUAAAUCUUUGAAAAGGGUAUCAACCAUGUGUACGGAUUAUGCUAAAGUGAAUAUGAGUGUUGCUGAAUUACGUUCACUAUAUGAAAAUGCUACUCAUUAUUUAUUAGAUAUAAGCACAGUGACUACAAAUUUAACUACAACUAAAUUUUAUCAACCAAUUAAUGUUACCCAUGAGAUGGUUAAGAAUUCAAAACAAUAUUAUACCAAUCUUUACUUCAAUUUUGAUAAGGCUUCAACGUUAGCUGGUAUUAUGUAUUUUUAUUUCAUUUUCGUUUUCAUUUUAGUUGGUGGUGCAAAUUUCAUCAAGAGAUUAGGAUAUCAUAAAAAUUUCAACAAUAGUUUUAUCAAUUGGUAUCGUGCCAAAAUCUCCAUUCCAGCUUUAUUCAAUGGGAAACAUACAGAAGCACCUGUUUACCUUAAAGUGUUUUCAACUCUAUGGCCUACAAGGGUGGAAUCAGUUGUUGUUUUCUUUUUCAUUUGCUUAAAUGUCUUAUUAACAACUGUUAAUUAUCAUUUUGCUAAAGGUGAUACACCAAGUUAUAUCCAAUUGAUGAUUUGUGUUGCUGAUAGAACUGGGUUAUUAUCAUUUGGGUUGAUUCCAUUAUUGAUUAUCUUUGCAGGUAGAAAUAAUAUCCUAACCUCGUUAACUGGUAUACCGUAUACAUCAUUUAUUGUCUAUCAUAAAUGGGUUGCAAGAUUCAUGUGGAUCCAUGCCUUAAUCCAUUCUGCAUGUUGGACAGCGUAUGCAGUUAAUAAGAGUUAUCUAACUUAUUAUUCCUCUGAGGCUUAUUGGAGAUGGGGGAUUGUUGCUACAAUCAUUGGUGGGAUAAUGUUAUUUCAAGCAUUCCAUGUAUUUAGAAACAUGGCUUAUGAAACUUUUUUGGUUAUUCAUAUUGUUUUGGCAAUCUUAUUUAUUGUUGCAUGUUGGUGGCAUUGUUAUGAAUUGGGUUGGUUAGAAUGGAUUUAUGUUUCUUGGGCAGUUUGGAUCUUUGAUAGAUUGGUUAGAAUCAUUAGAAUGUGCAUGUUUGGAUUCACAAAUGCUCAAGUGGAGUUAAUUGCAGAUGAUACUUUUAAAAUUAGUGUUAAACAUGGGAAAUGGUUUGUUCCGUUCCCUGGUUCAUUUGCUUAUGUUUAUUUUAUCACUCCAACAAUGUUUUGGCAAUCACAUCCAUUCACAAUUAUUGAUUCAGCUUUGGAAAGAGAUGUGACCACCAUUUAUAUCAAGACUAAAGCCGGUAUCACCAAGAGAAUUAAUAAAGAACUUGCUAAACAUCCAGGUAAUAAGAAAACUAUUAGAAUUUCAAUUGAAGGGCCAUAUGGUCAUAGAGCACCAAUGGAAAAAUAUGAUACGGCGUUAUUAUUGGCUGGUGGUAAUGGUAUUCCAGGUCCAUAUUAUCAUGCUAUUGAUCUUGCUAAACGUGAAUCUUCAACAAGACAACAAAUCAAAUUAUUAUGGGUGAUUCGUAACCCUGAAGCUCUUAAAUGGUUUUAUGAUGAGUUGAGAGUCUUGAUGCAUACAAAUGUUCAAACAGAUAUUUACAUCACAGCACCACAAACUAAACAAGAUUUGGGGACCAUUGAGAAGAAAGAUUCAGAGUCUAGUGAUGGUGCCGAGGUGAAGAAAUCAGAUGGUGUUUCGAGUGAUGAAGAUGUUAAAUCAAAAAAAUUGAGUGUUGAUGAGAUUAUUGCAUCGUUGUCGAAUCAUAUUGGGUUCCAUUAUGGGAGACCAAACCUGGAGGAAAUAAUAGUGAAUGAGUUUACAAAAGAGAACCAAGGAAACCACUCAGUUGGUGUGAUGAGCUGUGGUCCACCAAAAAUGGUUGAUGGCAUCCGAACACUUGUUGCAGAGCAUCUUCAGGAGGCCAAGGGACGCGUUGACUUGUUUGAAGAGUUGCAAGUUUGGUGA